AUGUCCCGUUUUUAUCUUGUUACUAUCUGGUCAGCCUAUGUGAGCCACAGACCACUACUGUCGGCGAAAGCUUCGCGAAAGCUGGGGUUCGUGAAGUUUUGCAAGUCUGUUACAUUCAGCAAGCCACAGACAGAACUGGAACUUCUGAAGAUCUACAGAAUCGAAGCGCAGGCAAUUGUGGCUGAACACAGCGAACUCUUUCGAGGAUAUGGAAAAUUCGCCGGAGCAGUAUCUCUAGAAGUCGAUGAUAACGUGCAACCGUCUAUUCAACCACCACGCCGCGUUCCGAUUGCCAUGCGGAGUAAACUGAAAGCAGAAUUGGAGUCAUUGGAGAAGGAUGGGCUGAUCGUCAAGGAGCUGAUGCAUACGGAUUGGAUAAGCAACAUCGUCAUCGUUCAGCGUGGUGAACCGAAAUCUGGAGGCAUUCGCAUAUGCCUCGAUCCGAUACCUCUCAAUAAGGCUUUGAAACGACCGCAUCUGCAAUUCAACACUUUGGACGAGAUUCUUCCGGAGUUGGGAAAAGCUAAAAUCUUCAGCACAGUGGAUGCCAAGAAGGGUUUUUGGCACGUGGAAUUGGACGAACGAAGUAGCAAACUCACAACGUUCUGGACCCCGUUCGGAAGGUAUAGGUGGACACGUUUGCCGUUUGGGAUUUCUUCAGCUCCUGAGAUAUUUCAAAUGAAGCUUCAGGAAGUCAUCCAGGGUCUCGAGGGAGUUGAAUGCCUGGCCGAUGAUCUGCUGGUGUAUGGCAUCGGCGACACACUGGAGGAAGCACUGGUCAACCACAACAGAUGUCUGAAAAAUCUUUUUCGUCGCCUAGAUGAGCACAACGUGAAGCUGAACAAGUCCAAGCUCGUCUUGUGUCAGUCGUCUGUGAAGUUCUACGGACACGUUCUGACAGACAAGGGUCUACAUCCGGACGAAACGAAAAUUACCACGAUUAAGAACUACCCUGUUCCCACAAAUCGGAAAGAAAUCCAUCGUUUUAUUGGGAUGGUCAACUACCUGAGCAGGUUCAUUCCGAACUUGAGCUCUAAUUUGACCAAUCUUCGCAAGCUGAUAUCGGAAUCAGUACCGUGGAACUGGACAACAGCUGAAGACAAGGAGUUCAAAGCAGUAAAGCAGCUGGUUGCUGACGUCCGAACAUUGCGCUACUACAACCCCAAGCAACCAUUAACGAUCGAGUGCGAUGCCAGCUGUUUUGGACUGGGCGCCGUCGUAUAUCAGGAUGAAGGCGUGAUUGGCUACGCAUCCAGGACAUUGACCGCUACAGAACGUAAUUAUGCACAAAUAGAAAAGGAACUAUUGGCGAUUCUUUUUGCGUGCAUUCGGUUCGACCAAUUGGUGGUUGGAAACCCAAAAGUAACGGUGAAAACAGAUCACAAACCACUGAUUAAUGUGUUUCGCAAACCGUUACUAUCAGCACCUAGACGUCUGCAGCAUAUGUUGUUGAAUCUGCAACGAUAUAACCUGGAGAUCCAGUUCGUCACCGGAAAAGACAACGUUGUGGCGGAUGCAUUGUCUCGAGCGCCAUACGAUGACAAGGAUAUGAAGGAAGCAUUUCAAAAGCUGAACGUGUACAAGGUGUUUCGCGAGAUUCAGGAAAUUCAGUUGUCUACCCAUCUUCGCGUAACGGAUAGCUGCUUGGACGAAAUAAUCGAAGAAACGAAAAAGGAUUACACGCUGCAAUCAAUCAUGGACUACAUUCAACGUGGCUGGCCAACAUCAGCAGACCGACUGCCGGACGGUGUGAAAGUUUUCUUCAGUUAUCGCAAUGAGUUGUCUAUGCAGGAGGGCAUCGUGUUCCGUGAUGAUCGAAUUUUGGUCCCUUUCAAGUUGAGGCGAGCUCUAAUUGACAAAUGUCACACCAGCCAUAACGGAAUCGAAGCAACUCUAAAGCUAGCUAGGGCAAACUUGUUCUGGCCCGGGAUGAGCAGCCAAAUCAAGGACGUCGUGAUGCAAUGUGGAGUGUGUGCAAAGUUUGCAUCAUCUCAACCAAAUCCGCCUAUGAUGAGUCAUCGUAUUCCUGUAUAUCCGUUUCAACUGGUGUCGAUGGACGUUUUUUUCACCACGUAUCAAGGAAAAGAUAGGAAGUUUCUUGUGACCGUCGAUCACUACUCGGACUUCUUCGAGAUUGACAUCUUAAGGGAUCUCACACCUGAAUCGCUAAUCGCCGCGUGCAGCAAGAACUUCGCUCGACAUGGGAAGCCACAGGUAAUUCUCACUGAUAAUGGCACUAAUUUUGUCAGCAGAAAAAUGGCCAAGUUCACAUCCGACUGGGACAUCGAGCACAUUACGUCCGCUCCGAAUCAUCAGCAAUCAAAUGGGAAGUCCGAAGCUGCCGUAAAGAUAGCAAAACAUCUCCUGAAGAAAACCGAAGAAACCGGUGCGGAUUUUUGGUAUGCGCUGCUCCACUGGAGAAACAUCCCGAACAAAAUCGGCUCCAGUCCGACCGCCAGAUUGUUUUCCCGGUCCACCCGAUGCAGUAUUCCAUCAUCAGGGACAAAGUUGAUUCCAAAGGUGGUUGAAAACGUUCCUGAAUCGAUAGAGCAGAAUAGGAGGAGGAUCAAAUGGCAUUACGACAAGAAAACGCGAAACUUACCUGAUCUACAGAUUGGCUCACCGGUGUAUGUGCAGCUGAAACCAGAAGCAUCGAAACUGUGGAGCCCCGGCAAAGUUUUGGACCAGCUGAGUGACCGGUCAUAUCUAGUGAACGUGAAUGGGACAAAUUAUCGCCGAAGUCUAGUACAUCUAAAACCGCGUAAGGAACCCAAUACGUCGCCUGACCGUACGCCUAAAUCACUGGGAAAGGAGGAAAAUUGUCACCAGUACCGAAUUCCUAGCAACCACCGAAACAACAACAGUGACCUGCAGAACGGCUGUCAAAACGAAAAUGAUGCGUCGUCGGUAUCGGUGUCGGCGCCGUCGUCGGCGUCGCCAAGGUCGACUGCAGCUGCAGCUGUGAUGACACCGAUGACACAAGAAGGUCCCAUGCAGCAGAGUCGGGAGUCGCCGAAGGGGAUUCGAACGCCAACCGCCAACGUGGGCAGACCAAGACGAGAAACACGACUGCCGGCUAGAUUUAAGGAUUUUCUUAUUGAAUUUGAUUAA